UCAUCUUUCGACAUAUUCACCGGGGUCGUUAUGAUCCUGAUAAUAGUCAUCUCCUUAACGGGUAAUAUCAUGAUAUUGUACGCGUUUCUCACCACACCGAAACUAAGAAUGGUGAACAACUAUUUCCUGAUGAAUUUAACGCUGUCGGAUAUUAUCACAGCCAGCUUAGUGAUACCAUUUGACGUGGACAUAAAGAUUAAUGGAAUUAGUAGUUGGACACAUGGAAUAGCGAUGUGCAAAAUUUGGACCAAUGCUUAUACUGUAUCAGUACCAACAUCCAUAUUAACUUUGUGUGUCGUAAGUAUUGACCGUUAUCAAGCCAUAUCAAAUCCUUUAAAGUAUCGCGCUGGAAUGACUUUAACCCGCACCAAAGCAGUGUGCUUAAUCACUGGUGUAUGGGGAUUGAGUGUCUUCAUGGCUUUGCUACCAGUUAUAACUGGACCUCCUCUAAAUGAGACAUUGUCACGUGAUCUUCCCCCAAUUGCCCGGAUAAGAUUACCGGAAACGAACAAUGGAGAAACAAAAGAUGUAAUCAAUACGGGAAUAGAAGAAAACAAAAGAUACGGCGACAGCAAAACUGCACAAAACCAACGAGAUUUCUAUAAAAACGCUCACGAGAGAAAUCGGACAGGAAAAGCAACAGAACGAAACCGAAUUAGCCACAAAUACAAGAAGGAAAACAACGGAGCCAAAGUUGGUCAAUUUGGAAAUGCAGAUGAAAAAAUUAUAAAGGGAUGUGACAAGGACAGAUCUAACCAGAAUAACGAAGAAGAAAAUUUGCUAAACGAGAACAACAGAGGAAAAGAGAAAGAAAGAAAAUGGCAUGAAAAGAUGAAACGUAAAAUUGGAAAAAAUGAUGAAGAAAAUUAUUUAAAAGUAUGGACUACAAAUAGAAAUGGAGCGAAAUGUGAUAAAAAGAGAAAAAAUGAUGAAGAUGACAGAAGGAAUGAAAGAGUGAAGAGAAUGGGGCAAGAUGAUUUCAGAAUGAAGCAAAAGUACCAAACUAAAGUCGCCAGACAUUUUUCAGUGAUCGUGUUGGUUCAACUCUUAUGUUGGUAUCCCUUCAGCGCGGUUGGCCUGGUGUAUAAUCUGUGUGAUGGCUGCGAGCACAAGUUAUUAAGCUCGUCAGCACAGUACUUCCUCCUUGCGAUCGGUUAUUUAAGUUGUGCAGUCAAUCCGUAUUUGUAUGCAUACCAACAACGGUCGUUCAGACAAGUUUUCAAACGAAUGUUCGGUAUUAAAGGAAAGUAGGCUCUAUAUAAGGGCAGAUGUAAACUCUAUAAUGGGUGUGCCCCAGUUGGGAUUGAGGUUUAAUGGUGAUAAACUGGUUAAAGAUCAAGUUGCUGCCGAAGCAGAUCGGUCCAUAGAGGCGGAUGAAAGAGCGAUGCGUUUAUUCAAAUCUAUUGCCAACAGCAUUCACCCAUCUAUUGAGAUGGAAAUUGAUUGCCCAUCACGCCAUAAUGACCACAAACUUCCCAUACUUGACUUAAAAGUUUGGAUUGAGGAGAGAGAAGGGAAUGAAGGACAACAGACUGAAAAAGUUAUAUUACAUGAAUUUUACGCCAAAGAUGUAGCGUCCAAGUCCGUUGUUAAUGCGAAAUCAGCCCUACCAUGGAGUAGUAAGAGAACAAUACUUACACAAGAAGUAUUGAGAAUUCUACUGAACUGUAGUACGCGGUUACCAUAGGAAGUGGUUGUUGAUCAUGUGAACAAUAUGAUGAUACGUCUACAGUUUUCUGGUUAUGAUGCGAAAUCUAGAAUGGAGGUAGUAAAGUCAGCUUUAAAGGCAUAUGAUAACAUCAAGAAGUUAGACAGCUGUGAAAAGAGGCCCAUGUAUAGGACUAGAGAGUGGCGACAGGUUGAUCGAGCCGAAGAAAAACGUAAGAAACGAGACACCUGGUAUAAGAAGGGAGGAUAUGACAGUGUUAUUUUUAUACCAGCAACACCAAGAUCUGCCCUUAAACAACGAUAUGAAGAAGAAGUUAAAUGUGUGGGACUUAACAUCAAGAUAGUAGAACAAUCUGGAGUAACACUUAAACAACGACUACAACGAUCUAACCCUUUCCGGGAGAAACGAUGUCAAAGAAGAGAGUGUUUGGCUUGCCAAAGUAAUAGGAAAGGAGAAUGUGGUGCCACUGGAGUCACGUACGAACUUGUUUGCCAGGAAUGCAAACACAUAUAUGUGAGAGAAACGUCAAGAAGUGCAUAUAGUCGUGGCAAAGAGCAUUUACACUCCUUGAAUCGUCGUGAAGAACAGUCUGUCAUGUGCCGGGAGACAUGCAAAUGAGAAGCAUGGAGGCGAUAUACCACUCUUUAUAAUGAAUGUUACUGGCAUUUUCCGUGACGAUGCAAUGUUAAGACAGGUUACAGAAGCAGUAAACAUCAACAGAGUAAAGCAAAGUGAACUAAUGAACACAAAGAAUGAAU